AGAGAAUCAGAAACACCCAGAGAGAAAGAUGGAAGUAGUUAGCCAAAAUGAUCAAGAAAAUCAAGCAAUUAUCUGGAACCAAAUUUAUGGUUUUUCGGGAUCCUUACUUCUCAAAUGUGCAGUUCAGUUAAAGAUUGCUGAAACUAUUCAUAACCAUGGCGCACCCAUAUCUAUAUCCGAGUUAGCUGCUAAACUUCCAAUUGAUCAACCCGUUAACAUGGACCGUUUGUACCGUGUGAUGCGUUACUUAGUUCACAUGAAACUUUUCAACAAGGAAAUUAUCUCUACACUUAAUGGUGGAACCAUCCAUGUAACGGAGAAAUACUCAUUAGCUCCACCGGCGAAAUACCUCAUAAGAGGGUCUCAACAAUCAAUGGUUCCUGCAGUUUUAUCAAUAACUGAUAAAGAUAUAUUUUCUGCAUGGCAAAUUUUAAAUGACAGUUUAACCGGUAACUGUAACGUUUUCGAGAAAGCUUUAGGAAAGGACAUUUCUGUUUAUAUGAGUGAAAAUCCUGAAAUGAAUGAAAAUAUUAGGGGAGCAAUGGCUUUCAAUAGUGGAUUAAUUACUUCAGCUUUGGUUAAAGAGUGCAAAAGUGUUUUUGGUGAUGAAAUUAAAACACUAGUUGAUGUUGGUGGUGGAACUGGUACUGUAGUCACAGCAAUUUCGAAAGCGUUCCCGAAUAUUAAGUGCACGCUCUUUGAUCUUCCUCAUGUUAUAGCUAUAUCUCAUGAUAUUCCAACUGUUACAAAAAAUUCAGGAGAUAUGUUCAAGUCUAUUCCUAGUGCUGAUGCGAUCUUCAUGAAGAACAUCCUUCAUGACUGGGAUGAUGAUGAAGCUAUUCAAAUUCUAAAGCGAUGCAAAGAUGUACUGUCACCAGGUGGGAAGCUUAUUAUCGUUGAAAUGGUAUUGGACGUGGAUUCGGUUCAUCCGUAUUCCAAACUUAGACUCACAUCUGAUAUAGAUAUGAUGGUUAACACCGGAGGUAAAGAGAGAACCGAAAAGGAAUGGAAGAAACUUUUUGAUGAAGCAGGUUUUGGUAGUUGCAAAAUUACUCAAAUGUGA